ACUGAUGAUGCUGUCAUACUGGCUAGGUUCAGUGACAUGGACUCUGGAUCUGAGAUUUAUAACUCUGAUGUUUCUUUGAAUCUGACCAAGUAUGGCAAUCAUGCUAAUAAGGCUGAGUUGGUUGAUCCUCAGGAUCUUAUGAGUCAAUUCUCUGAAGCUGAGCCUUCUGAUGCAGCUGGUGGAGCUUACAUUGGGCUAGGUGUUGAUGGUAACAAUGUUUUAGGGGAUGAGGUUGUCAAUUUGGAUGGUCAGGAAGGUCGUGACGAAGGUCUCAACAUUGCUGAUGCGGAUUCUGUUUCAAUGAUUGCUCAUAAGAAAAGGGUUACUGCUGAUCCUGUGAGCGGUGGUGCUGGAACUAGCAACGUGAAGAUUCUCAAGCAAAUCAAGCAGGAGAAGAAUGCCUGAGUGUUGUUGACAUGAUCUGGUUAAAAUGCAUGUUGUGUUUUGUGGAGGUAGAAUAUAAGAAUAAUGGGUGUCUCAUGGUAGAUGGUACAACAUCUUUUGGAUUGG